UUUUUUCUUCUCUCUCUCUUAUGACCAUGUUUACAAUCAAUAGCGAUUUAAUCAAUCAUGCAGAGUCUAUGCCUAAACCCAUUUUAGUCAAUAGUCCAACCCUUGUUUCUUCUAUGAUUGAGCCCAAGAAACUGUCAGAUAAUACCAAGAUUACGCUACAAUUAGAGAGUACAGAUCAGUCACACCAUCAAGCAAACAUGGACGAUUUUGAAAUCAAACAGCCAAUUGGCUAUGGAUCAUCAGCUAUUGUUUAUAGCGCAACCUAUAUUCCAUGUAACAAGCGAGUUGCUAUCAAAAUCAUUGACUUGGACAUGUUUGAAAGAAACCAAAUUGAUGAAUUAAGGAGAGAAACAGCAUUGAUGGCACUCUCCAAACACCCUCAUAUACUGCAAGUAUAUGGCUCAUUUGUACAUGGAUCGAAGCUUCAUAUCGUCACUCCUUAUAUGGCCGUAGGCUCAUGUCUUGAUGUCAUGAAGUUGAGCUUUCCGGACGGUCUAGAUGAAAUUAGUAUUGCUACUAUUUUAAAACAAGCCUUAGAGGGGCUCACAUAUUUGCAUAAAAAUGGCCACAUUCAUCGUGACGUGAAGGCAGGAAAUUUGCUCAUGGAUCAAGAUGGAUCCGUCUUGUUGGCUGAUUUUGGUGUCUCGAGUUCAUUGAUGGAAACAGGAGAAAAGGGGGUGCGAAAGACAUUUGUUGGCACUCCUUGUUGGAUGGCACCCGAAGUGAUGGAACAGGCUGAUUAUGAUUAUAAAGCAGAUAUUUGGAGUUUUGGUAUCACUGCUAUUGAGCUAGCAACGGGUCAUGCACCCUUUGCUAAGCUCUCUCCUCUCAAGGUCUUGAUGAUGACGCUUAAUAAUGACCCACCCACAUUGAAUCGUGAAACAGCCACGAACAAAUUCUCCAAAGUGUUUAAAGAAAUGAUUGAUUCCUGCAUGCAUAAAGACCCUUUAAAACGGCCCACGUCCGAAAAACUAUUACAACACCCAUUCUUUAAACAAGCCAAAAAGCCAGACUGGUUAGCAAAAAACUUGAUUGCUGAAAUACCUUCGAUUGAAAACAGACCGACAAAAAAAGUGCCUCAGAAACCUACCUCGACUGCGAAUACAGACGAAUGGGAUUUCAAUGAUGAUCAAGGCCAACAGUCUAAUACAAAUGCGCCAAAGCGACAUAUUUCUUUUGGUCAUGUUGUUGUUCGAAAGCCUUCAAAACAUCAUGUAUCUUCUGUGUCUUGGUCCUAUUCUCCUUCUUCUGAUGCAGCGUCAAGAAAAGGUAGAGCCCUUAGUGAUGACUUUAUAUUAGAACCCUCACAAAUAGCAAAUAGUAGACAUCGUCACCAAGGCUCUGUUCCUUUAGCAUUUCCAUCCGAUGAUAAGCGCAGUCAAAUGAUCAAAGGAAGAGCAAGACACGGUAGUCUUCAUGAAAAAACACCUUCAGUCAGCUUUGCUGAAGAAACAACCAAAGCAACCAGUGAUAAACUAUUAUAUCGCACUACAAGCCAUGAUGGAAACAUGAAUAGAAAAUCACAACAGCAUUCGCCUCCCCCUUUUCCUUUACACCUGCAAGUCAAUUCUUUGACGCGUAAUAACUCCUCACUAAAAAGAGAAAAGACCACGCAUUCAAAGAAAAGUCUUUCUGAAGACUUGAUUAUAGAAUCAAGAAAAGUAGGAAGAUUCGAACUUACAAGUACAGACCAUAAGCAAUAUGAUACAAUUUCGAGUUCUUCCUCAACAUGUAAGACGGCCAUUUAUAAUCAAAUAGACGAACUCUUAAAGCAAAACGAUAUGCAGAGACAACUGUUGAGUGAAUUAUCUAGUUCAUUUGAACCAAAACCAAAACCAAAACCAAAUGAACAGCUUGCUUCUACUAUCGAAGCACUUGAACAACAGUUGCAAUCUUAUCAACGUGAGAACUUAUUACUCCAAAGGGAGAAUGAAACCAUGCGAAGACAAUUGGAAUUGCUUAAAAAUAAAUAAAUUUUUUUCUUU